GGGCCUCGAGUGCCCGCAGCCCAGCUCUCGGGGGCGGGCUCCCGGCGCCAGCGGGCUUGACGGGAAGAUGGAGGAGCUGGUGGUGGAAGUGCGGGGCUCCAAUGGCGCUUUCUACAAGGCGUUUGUAAAGGACGUUCAUGAAGACUCGAUAACCGUUGCAUUUGAAAACAAUUGGCAGCCAGAGAGGCAGAUUCCAUUCCAUGAUGUGAGAUUCCCACCACCUGUAGGUUAUAAUAAAGAUAUAAAUGAAAGUGAUGAAGUUGAGGUUUAUUCCAGAGCAAAUGAAAAAGAACCUUGCUGUUGGUGGUUAGCUAAAGUGAGGAUGAUAAAGGGUGAGUUUUAUGUGAUAGAAUAUGCAGCAUGCGAUGCUACAUACAAUGAGAUUGUUACCAUUGAACGUUUACGAUCAGUUAAUCCCAACAAACCUGCCACUAAAGAUACUUUCCAUAAGAUCAAACUGGAUGUGCCAGAAGAUUUACGACAAAUGUGUGCCAAAGAAUCGGCACAUAAGGACUUCAAAAAGGCCGUCGGCGCCUUUUCUGUAACUUAUGAUCCAGAAAAUUACCAGCUUGUCAUUUUGUCUAUCAGUGAAGUCACCUCGAAGCGAGCACACAUGCUGAUUGACAUGCACUUUCGGAGUCUGCGCACUAAAUUGUCCCUGAUACUGAGAAAUGAAGAAGCCAGCAAGCAGCUAGAGAGUUCAAGGCAACUUGCCUCAAGGUUUCAUGAACAGUUUAUCGUACGAGAAGAUCUGAUGGGUCUAGCUAUUGGUACUCAUGGUGCUAAUAUUCAGCAAGCUAGAAAAGUUCCUGGAGUCACAGCUAUUGAUCUAGAUGAAGAUACUUGCACAUUUCAUAUUUAUGGAGAGGACCAGGAUGCAGUGAAAAAGGCUCGAAGCUUUCUUGAAUUUGCUGAAGAUGUCAUACAAGUUCCACGGAACUUAGUUGGCAAAGUAAUAGGAAAAAAUGGAAAACUGAUUCAAGAGAUUGUGGACAAGUCAGGAGUUGUGAGAGUGAGAAUUGAGGCUGAAAAUGAGAAAAAUGUUCCACAAGAAGAGGAGAUUAUGCCACCAAAUUCCCUACCUUCCAGUAAUUCAAGGGUUGGACCUACUCCCUCAGAAGAUAAAAAACAUAUAGAUAUAAAGGAGAACAGCGCUCAUUUUUCUCAACCUAACAGUACAAAAGUCCAGAGGGGUAUGGUACCAUUUGUUUUUGUGGGAACAAAGGACAGCAUCGCUAAUGCCACUGUUCUUUUGGAUUAUCACCUGAACUAUUUAAAGGAAGUAGACCAGUUGCGUUUGGAGAGAUUACAAAUUGAUGAGCAGUUGCGACAGAUUGGAGCUAGUUCUAGACCACCACCAAGUCGUACAGAUAAGGAAAAAAGCUAUGUGGCUGAUGAUGGUCAAGGCAUGGGUCGAGGUAGUAGACCUUACAGAAAUAGGGGGCACGGCAGACGCGGUCCUGGAUAUACUUCAGGAACUAAUUCUGAAGCAUCAAAUGCUUCUGAAACAGAAUCUGACCACAGAGACGAACUCAGUGAUUGGUCAUUAGCUCCAACAGAGGAAGAGAGGGAGAACUUCCUGCGCAGAGGGGACGGACGGCGGCGUGGAGGUGGAGGAAGAGGACAGGGAGGAAGAGGACGCGGAGGUGGCUUCAAAGGAAACGACGAUCACUCCCGAACAGAUAACCGUCCACGUAAUCCCAGAGAGGCUAAGGGGAGAACAGCAGAUGGCUCCCUUCAGAUCAGAGUUGACUGCAAUAAUGAAAGGAGUGUCCACACUAAAACAUUACAGAAUACCUCCAGUGAAGGGAAUCGGCUGCGCACGGGUAAAGAUCGUAACCAGAAGAAGGAAAAGCCAGACAGCGUGGAUGGGCAGCAGCCCCUUGUGAAUGGAGCGCCCUAAACUGCGUCAUGCUGCAGUUGCAUUUUCCUAGACCGUUUCCGUACUUCUUAUUCCAUGUUAGAAAACUUUGUUAGGCCAAAGACAAAUAGUAGGCAAGAUGGCACAGGGCAUGAAAUGAACACAAAUUCUGUUAAGAAUUUUACUUUUUUUGGUUUUGGCCAUAAACAGCAAUUUUCAGGUUUGCGCAAAAAGCUAUCUCAAAAUUUGGAAAUCUUGCCCCUAAACAUACUUAGCACUUCAGAACAGAAUUUUGGGUGUUUUUUUUUUUUUUAAGUGCUGCUGAGCAGUGAUACUCUUUAUUAAUUUGGACCACUUCCCUACAUUGGUGAGAACUCACCACUAUGUUUUCAGUUAUUCUGAAAAAAAAAAAAUAGCAUUUAUAGUAACCAAACUUCUGUUUCCAAUCUUAUAUAGAAGUCUCCAUGAACUACUAUGUCAUUUCAUGUCCUGUGUCAGUUUAUGUUCUGGUCCACUUUUUCAGUAUUUUAGUGGACCUUGGGAUGUGUGUGAUGUGACAUUUGUCAUUUUCAUUAGCAAAAAAAAAAAAGUUGUAUGAUCUGUGCCUUUUUUAUAUCUUGGCAGGUAGGAAUAUUAUAUUUGGAUGCAGAGUUCAGGGAAGAUAAGUUGGAAACACUAAAUGUUAAAGAUGUAGCAAACCCUGUCAAACAUUAGUACUUUAUAGAGGAAUGCAUGCUUUCCAUAUUUUUUUCCUUACAUAAACAUCAGGUUAGGCAGUAUAAAGAAUAAGGACUUGUUUUUGUUUUUGUUUUGUUGCACUGAAGUUUGACAAAUAGUGUUAUUGAGAGGGAUGUGUAAUUGUUCUGUAUAGACAGAAGAAAUAACUGUCUUUUCAUUUCAGAGAGGCUAAACUGCUUUCAACGCGGAGUAAAAUUGUCCUGGUUGAAAGUUAGUAGGACAUGCCUGCUCUUUGGCCUGAUGACCAAUUUUAAUGUAGAGCCUUUUUUUCUUUUGCCCUCCCCAAGUUUUGUGAAGUUUUUCAUAUUUUAAUUUCAAGCUUAUUUAGGGGAGAUAGGAAGGUCAUUUCCAUGUGUGCAUAAUAAUCCUGUGAAGUACAGGUGCUUUGUCUAAGAAACAUUGGAAGGAGGUGAAAUGUUUUGUGAACUUUGAAAUAUUAGGUCUAAUGGAUAAGCAGAAUUGGAAAGCAGACUAUGAUUGGUUAAGAAAUAAUACUUCUGUUUCUUUAGAUUUUUUUUUUUACGCAUUGGGUUUUGAUUUUGAAGGGUUUUUUUUUUUUUUAAUGAAUGAACUUUACUGAGGAAAAAUAUGUGAAGGACCUUCACCUUAAGAUGUUAUAUUUUUCUUACAAAAUAACUCCAAGUCGGGGUGCCACUGAAACUGUACAGAGCCGUCCAGACCGAAGUUCUGCCUCUGAUGUACUUUGUGAGUUUUGUUUCUUUGAAUUUUCAUUUUACAGUUAUUUUUCCUUGCAUACAAAUAAGCAUAUAAAAAUGGCAACAAACUGCACAUGAUUUCAAGAAUAUUAAAAAGUCUUUUAAAAGUAUUGCCAAAAUUAAUGUUGAUUUCUAGUUAUUUAUUCUGGGAAUGUAUAGUAUUUGAAAACAGAAAUUGGUACCUUGCACACAUCAUCUGUAAGCUGUUUGGUUUAAAAUACUGUAGAUAAUUAACCAAGGUAGAAUGACCUUGUAAUGUAACUGCUCUUGGGCAAUAUUCUCUGUACAUAUUAGCGACAACAGAUUGGAUUUUAUGUUGACAUUUGUUUGGUUAUAGUGCAAUAUAUUUUGUAUGCAAGCAGUUUCAAUAAAGUUUGAUCUUCCUCUGCUAAAUUUGAUGUUGAUGCAAUCCUUACAAAUGAUUGCUUUUAAAAUUUUAAGAUAGAAGAAAUCUAUAGAAAGUGUUCUGUUACAAAAUGUAACUGUUACCAUUGGCAAUUUCACGUCAUAGGAAGUUAGGCAUUAUCUACCAACUUUCAAGAACUUGAUCUUGUUUAAUAAGGUGAAAAAAAUCAACAAAAUGGUACAAAAGCACAUUGUGCCAUCACAAUAUGCACUAAGUCUCUUUUUUUACAAUGGCUGAAUUCAGCAAGGCGCUAACUUGCUUAAAUGUGAAUUACUAACUUCUAAAACUGUAAUUUGAUUCACAUGUUUUCAAAUGGAGUUGGAGUUGAUUCAUAUUACAAUAUUUGUGUACUAAACGUGUAUGUUUUUGAGUUCAAAGUCAUGAUGUUUUUAAAAUCUUAUUAAAGUUUCAAAAAUCUG